AUGUCGAUUUCAUACGCCAACGUAGCAGCCAAUCCUCAGCAAGGAACUAAAAACGACUCUGUUGAAGAGUCUUUGAAUGUAUCGGCGUCUGCUCCAGAAUCGCCUAAGCUUGCCUCUAGUGCUUCGCAAGUGGCCGAGCCUUCAUCUACCCCUCUUAAUGAAGACUCCCCUGACACUGUUUCAGAGGAAGUCCCCUCUGAAACUGAUUCUUCUGUUCCAGCUGCUACCCCCGCACCAAAAGCAAAGAAGGUUUUGACCCCUGCUCCUGUUCCCUCUAAAGCUGUUUGGGGUGCUACUGGCAGUGUGAAGGUGUCUCAUGUGGAUGAACAUAAAUGGCCUACUCCGGACCAAGUUUCUGUGUUUGAACAGUCUCAGCAAACGAGCAGCAAGCCAGCUCAACCAAAAGACAUCAAGGCAAGCAAAUGGGUACCAAUCAACGCCAAGGUCGUGUUGCCAAGCCCUAGAUCCUCGCAAAACAGUGGUGCCGGCAAUCAGCAGAAAAACAAGAGAAAGAACAAAAACACUCGCAAAAACAAAAGUGCCUCUGCUCCAGGUUUUGAUGAUUCU